UGCGUGCAAGAGACAGAGACAGAGACAGAGACAGAGACAGAGAGGAGGAUGGAGAGCACAGUGGAAGUAGACAAAGGGCCAGUCCCCGAGCACCAAUCCAUCGCUGCUGCCCAACCACCACCCUCCCCUUCCGAAAUAGCUCAAAUGGUUUGUGGUUCUUGCCGUCGCCUGCUUAAAUAUUCACGGGGAGCCAGACAUGUUCAAUGCUCAUGCUGUCAGACAGUCAACUUUGUGCUAGAAGCUGAUCAGGUUGGACAAGUUAAAUGUGGUAGUUGUGCAGUGUUGCUGAUGUAUCAAUAUGGAGCUUCAUCCGUCAGGUGUUCCUCUUGCCAGUUUGUGACAGAAAUUGGAGAACACAACAAGCGUCCUCCAUGGUCUGUUCAACAGGGGCAACCACCUCCCCCUGCCAAUCCUGUUCAUUAAACUGCUUAUGUGAGGCGUGCCUAGAAAUUGUAGAGAGGAAAAUUUGUUGACUAAUUUUAAACAUUUUGCAAAUGCAGCAUGUAAUAAUGUGGUACUGUAUUUGAAAUUCAACUUCACACCUAUGGCAGAAACACGUACCAUAUCAUAUUGCAAGAAUUAGUAAACGUAGAGGGGGAGAGAGAGGUGCCUGCUUCUUCUUUUUCAAUGACUCUUCCAGUUUAGCAAUUUUAUCAGUUCAAGCUUUCUCAUGCUCA